CCCCAAUGUCCCCAUGUGCCCGCAGUGAUCACCCUGCGCUGCAUGGUGCAGUUCAUCGGCCGCGAGACCAAGUACAGUGGGACACUAAGCGCCUUCACCACGAUCUACCGGGAAGAGGGAAUCCUGGGAUUCUUUGCCGGCCUCAUCCCGCGGCUCCUCGGGGAUAUCCUGUCCCUGUGGCUCUGCAACAUGCUGGCCUACCUCAUCAACACGUAUGCGCUGGAGAAUGGGGUCUCCACCAUGGCUGAGAUGAAGAGCUACUCACAGGCGGUCACUGGGUUCUUCGCCAGCAUGCUGACCUACCCCUUCGUCCUGGUGUCCAACCUGAUGGCCGUGAACAACUGCGGGCUGGCUGGGGGUCUCCUUCCCUACGCACCCACCUACUCCUCCUGGCUGGAUUGCUGGAGCCAGCUGCACAGGGAGGGCAACAUGAGCCGAGGGAACAGCCUGUUCUUCCGCAAGGUGCCAGUGGGGAAGCGAUACGUGUGGGACGAGCGGAGGUUCCGCUGAUUCCAGAGGCGGGAGCGGGAUUGUGGAGCUGAUGCUGGGCUCCGGAAGCAAAGAAUCAUGGAGAGUGAUGAUUUCUAUACAGUUUUUUAAAAAUCAUUUCCUGCUGAGAGCUGAAA